AUGGGUAAACUCCUGCAGAAGAAGAAGAAUCGGUCCGGCUUGUCCAAGGCCAAAGCCAAGAACAACCGUCUCAAGAGCGGUAACAAGAAGAUUAAUGUGCUGGGCAACGCCAUCAUCGCUGAGAACUGGGACAAGAACCUCACUCUGACACAAAACUACAAGAACCUGGGUCUUCUCCACAAACUCAACGCCCCCACCGGUGGUCGUGAACGCCUUCCCGGAACAGAAGAUGAUGCCAACGCUUCCCACUCUCUGCAGAUCCGCGACAGUGGUAAGGCCGCUGCUCAGAUCGAACUCGGCGAGAUUCGUGUCGAGCGUGAUCCCGAAACUGGAAACAUUAUUCGUGUCAUCCGUGAGGAUGAGCAAAUCGAAGUUGCUGGUCGCUUGCGCAAACGUGCCAACCCGCUGAACGACCCUUUGAACGAUAUCGAGGACAAGGUUUUGGAUUUUCAGGGUAAUUCUUCCGGCACCGAUGUUGUGAAGAAGCUUGAGCGUCAAGCCAAUCGGGAGGGCGUUGCCGAGAAGACUAAGAAGCCCCGACACCUGAGCACUCGCGAGAUCGAAUGGGUUUCACGGCUCGUCGAGAAGCACGGCGAUGACCUUAUGGCCAUGGUCCGGGACCGCAAGCUCAAUCCUAUGCAGCAGAGCGUGGGAGAUUUGCGGCGGAGAAUCGACAAGUGGCAGCAGUGGAAACAGUCCCAGGAGUAA